AUGGAGCCUGUAGAUCUCCUGGCAUCUGCCUCCACAGAAAUAAAUAGUACAACAGUCACCCUGGCUUUGCUGACGGUCUUCCUAGUCCUGCUCUAUUGGUACUCCACCUCUGCAUUCUCCAAACUAAGCAAAGUAGGGAUCCGACAUCCUCCACCUCUUCCUUUCAUUGGAAACCUGCUCUUUUUCCGUGAGGGCUUUUGGGAAAACCACACCAAACUCAUAACGGAGUAUGGACCUGUUUGUGGGUACUACAUUGGUCGCCAGAUGUUUGUGGUGGUCUCCAUGCCAGAUGUUAUCAGGCAAAUCUUAGUGACGGACUUCAGUAACUUCACCAACAGAAUUAAGCCGAACUUGAUUUCCAAGCCAAUGCUUGACAGCAUCCUUUGUCUUCGUGAUGACAGAUGGAAGUGUGUCCGGAGUCUCCUGACCCCAGCCUUCAGCGAUACCAAACUGAAAGAGAUGACACCACUAAUAAACCAGGCCUGUGACGUCCUGCUGUGUAACUUGAAAGUCUAUGCAGAUUCUGGCAAAGCUUUUGAUAUCCAGAGGUGUUACAACUGCUUUACCUUGGAUGUUGUUGGUAGCGUAGCUUUUGGUACUGAGGUGGAUUCUCAGAAGAAUCCUGACGACCCCUUUGUUAAGAAUUGCAGAACAUUCUUUGAAAUGUCUUUGUUUAACCCUCUUCUCAUUCUGAUCCUUUCUUUCCCAUUCAUAAUGAUCCCAUUGCUCCGGAUUUUGCCAAACAAGAAACAAAAGGAACUGAAUGGAUUUUUUAUCCAAACCAUAAAAAAUGCAAUUGUUUUCAGAGACCAGCAAGAUGCAGCUGAGAGGCGCAGAGAUUUUCUUCAGUGGAUGCUCGACUCUCGCGACUCAGCUGACUCCCUGGCAACCGGGUGUUUUGAUGUGAUCAGUCCAUCUGCCACUUCCAGACAGAACGAGGUGCCUCUUGCUGGCAGGGCCCCAUCUGAAAAGGUCCAGAAGAUGUUAACGGAGGAUGAAAUAGCAGGCCAAGCUUUCCUGUUCCUGAUUGCUGGGUACGAGACCACCACUAGCACACUGUCCUUUGCCACGUACUUGCUAGCCACCAACCCAGAGUGCCAGGAGAAGGUGCUUCAGGAGGUUGAUGAGUUCUCAGCAAAACAUAUGGUCCCUGAUUACCAAAAUGUAGAACAACUCCCUUAUCUGGACAUGGUGAUUGCAGAGACAUUGCGCAUGUAUCCACCUGCAUUCAGGUUCACUCGGGAAGCAGCUAAAGACUGUGUAGUGCUGGGGCAGCGUAUUCCAGCUGGGGCUGUCAUUGAAACCGCAGUUGGACAUCUCCACCACAACCCUGAGUUCUGGCCAGAGCCUGAGAAGUUCAUUCCUGAGAGGUUUACAGAGGAGGCCAAGAAGGCACGACAUCCCUUUGCAUACCUGCCCUUUGGGGCAGGACCCCGUGGCUGCAUUGGCAUGAAGAUGGGUUUGCUGGAGACAAAAAUUACUCUGCUGAGGAUUUUGCAGAAGUUUCAAUUUAAGACCUGCUCAGAGACUGAGAUUCCUUUGCAGCUAAAAUCAAAAGCCACACUUGCACCAAAAAAUGGAGUCUACAUUAUGCUAGAAUCUCGCUAAAAGAAAAUGUACAUCCUGAAACCUCCUGGGAUGGGAGCCCUUGUUCAGUGAUUCACUGGGUAUAAUUAUUUUUCAAAACCCUGAAGACAGGUAGGAGCCUAAGUCCCACUGACGGUCAGUAGGUGCUGCCUCACUGCCCUCCUGUGGGAGAUCCUCCAGUCACUUCUUAAAAUGAGAUGUGGGCUCCACAGUCAUUUGGUGGUUUUCAAAUUGCUGUGAAUAGUAUCUGUAAAGAAGCAUCCCACUUUCACUUGCUUUUCUACAUUACACUUCCUUUCACUCCUCUUUGAGAAUGCUUUUUUCAUGCUCAAGUUCAAUGAAUGGAGCAGGUGUUAAGUGUACACUAGAUUUACAAUAGAUUUUAAUUACAAUUCAUUAUCUCAUGCAUACUUCUCAUGCACUUCUAAGUCCUUACUCUAGAAAAAGCCCAAGAGGCACCACAGUUAUAACAGAAGACCUGGGAUCCAGUACAUUGGAUUUUAUCCUGAAUUCUGCUAAAAAUCACAGCAGAGUCUCCUGCACAGUGCUUAAUCUCUCCCUGUGUCUGUAAAGCGGAGUUGCACCUUCUUCACGCUUUUGAAGUGAUUUGAAAUAUGCUUAGAUUAACAAUUUGCACUUGACACAUUGCAUCAAUAUGACUGAAGAGGAAUGAAGUUCCCUUCUUUACCAGUUAAAUUCCAGUAGCUAAGACCAAAGAAAUGAGGUGGCAGUCAUUUUGCUGGUUACUGAACUGCUGUUGGAAAGGUGGAGGGAAAGAAGAUACAAAUUUAAUGAAAGGAGGAAUACUGGAGGAAAUUUAGGGGUAUUCAGAAGGUGUUGGUACAACACCUGCUUCACUGCUUUGAGGCCAUUCCUUUCCAAGCAUUGCAUUUGGGACCAUUCUUGUCUAGCUCAUUGACUCAAGGAAAUUAAGAGCGCUGCAUGCACUAAAGCCAAUGGCAAGGGGGUGGGAUCCGGGAUCAUCAGUCCCAGCAGCUCUCUUGAUUCCUUAUGUCACCCCAGAGCAGGUGAUGUCCCAAGUGCCUCACUCCACUCAGGAAGGAACUUGUCUGAUUGCCAGCUGCAGCAGCACCAUGGAUCCAGUCAAGCUGUAUGGCUGUGCACAUGUAUCUUCAUAGCCAAAGCAGCAGUACGCUUUCAUGCUUCGCAUUCCCUCCAUGCUCUUUCCUGCUUCGCAUUCCCUCCAUGCUCUUUCCUGCUCCUCUACAAAGUCCUUCAAUCACCACACAGCUAGUGGAGCAUCAAACAGCAGUGAUCAAUUGACCUGAAAAAAACCCAUUUCCUUCAGUGGGCACCACAAACUGGUUGGCUGUGCAACAAAACCAUGAGAGGAGAUGGUCUCAGUCUCAGGGCCCUUUGUUUUUCUUUUUUAAGUUUUGAGAAAUAGCAAAAAUCCGUAUGGCACCGUAAGAAUAAGGAAUACCUUUCAGUUCUUUGCAAGUGUUCACUUUCUGCCUGCUGACAUACUCUGCUCAAGGUUUCCUUAGGUACAGCAUCUCUCUUGGUGGUAUGCACAGGGAAGUGUCAUGACAGCAGUAGGAAGAGACUGACUGCUCAGCUUCACUGCAAGGAUUGCUGGAAGGAGCCAUCUGCUCACUGAUCCCUAGCUGUAGUUUCUCUCCAGCAAGCACCUUUUGCUGCCUUCCCACACGCUGCCUUAACACUGAUCAAAUUACUGUUUCUUGCUGCUGGAAGAGUUUGUCUUUCUCUUUCAUGGGAUUUUUUUUUUUUUUUAAAAAAACCAGAACUGUACGGGUAGUAGUGGUGAAGUACUGACCUGGCAUUCUUGGAAUUGUUCCUAUUUCCAUGGACCAUCUCUGGCAUGCUAAUAAAGUGCCCUGUUGCAGAUACACUGAAUCUAUUAAUUACUGAUAGAGUGAUUGUUAUUUAUUUGAAAAGCAAUAUACUGUACAUACCUAAUUUCCACACAUUAUUCAUAAUUUUUCCCUCAUGAAAGUAAGUGUGCUGGCAGCUGAUUGACUGUACAGCUUAUACAUACAACUGGCAAAAAGUUGGACGGGCCUUGCCUAAAAACAUCCCACCUACCUGAAUGAGCAGGAAGCUUAUUCUAGUCUGAAGUCAGCUGUCAAAGGCUUGUUCAUCCCUUCAAAACCUUUUUACUGUUUUUCUUCCUUAACGUGACUUAGCAGGUCAUUGUGUGCUUCAUUUUUGACACUCCAAGCCUAAAUCAAGCUUAUCUCUCUCUUCAAUAUGCUUUUGUAUCGACUGUUCUACAGUUCAUCUGAAUGCUGUUUGUACCCUCAAUAUUUGUCUGAGAGAGUGCCACUAAUGUGUAGAGUAGUUGAACAACUCAUAUUUCUGUGCCUGGACAGAGUACUAUCAUCUUGAGUAUCAUGUUGACUCCCCUGGAAAAAAACAGUACUGCACUGGCUGCAACUGUGCAUCACAUUUUACAGGCUUGGAAACUGCACCAAGAGUCUUUCCCAGCCACUUCUAAGUUGAACACGGACAGUACAUGUGCAAGUAAACUCAUUACAGUCUGAGCUAACAUUUUUUCAACUGUCCUGCAAAGUUUUCUAGUUAGGAAGUAAUAUCCAUUUUCACCUGUCAGUUUGUAGCGGUAUGGAAUAGAGGAAUUAUUUUUGCAGCUGUGGGCCAAGCCAGAUUUCUGGAAGUGCAUCUUCCCUUGUUCUACAUGCAGGCCUAGUGAGACAGCUCGAGAAAUAAGAUAGAGAAAAGGCUGCCAACUUUCCAGUACUAUAGGAAAAGCCCCAGGCCAUUUCUUCCUUUUAAACAACAGCUGCUGCUACAGUCAGCAGACACUGCACAGUCUUCCAUUUUACCAGGCUACUUAACGAUGCUGGCCCUCUCCCUGGCUGUGUGGGCUCAGCAACAUACCUAAAGAAAGAGCUGUGUUGAGGGACCAGAGCUCCUCUAAUCCCCUUGGAAGGACAAGUUUGCAAAAAACGAGACAUGAGACUGACAGCAGCUCUGCAAACCAGAAGCUGGUAAUAUCCUGUUAAUCACAGUGUGUUUGUGCACCCAUAUAAUACAGUCCCAAAAUGAUCCUGAGCAGAGUUGGCUUUAGUAUUCAUUAAAAAAAACCUACCAAAAAAGGAGUUAUGUUUAUAGUUGCAAUAUCAAAACAUAACUUUAUAUCCUUAAGUUAUGGUGACUGUUAGCAUGUGUGGUACAGCAUGCUUCAAUAAACAGCAGUUGAUUCUAGGGAGGAACAAGGAAGCUGAUUUAAAAUAAUUUCUCUCCUCCGAAACAGUAAGUGUGUUGUCUUGCAUUGCUGAGCUGUGGGCUUGUUUAAAAUUGGGCAUGUGUUUUACAAAAGGGUCUUAGUCAUUCUCUGACAGCUGAUACGAAGCAAAGGCUGCUUGGUAAAGGAAACCUAUUAAAAACAUCUUCAGGGACUUUGCAAUGAUUACGGAAAGCUGUCAGUAUAAAGUGGUAUUUUUACUGAGUGCUGAGAUAGAAAACCUUUACAGUUCUGUACUUUAUAAAUAGUAUUCCUGGAAAAAUGGAUCUGGGUGUUAAAAAUCAUGAUGCUUGAUUGAUUGUAAAUUUGAAUUAUCUAUUCUUACCUGGUAUUAAACU